GAUGUCUGGUGAACCAGAGCAUCGCCCUUGACAGCCGCCGAAGCCGCUGAAGUAAGCGCCAGGGUUCGAAAUCCACCAGCCCUUCGUCAAUUACGGCAAGGAACCGUCGUAAAAGCUACCACGUAGUGCCUCUGGAUAACCACAAAACACGCCAGUCUUUUCAAUUCGGGCGUGUAUCGUGCCUCCUAUACGUGGAAUUCAAGGGCAUCGACGCUGAAGAAGCUUGCCGAUGCGAAGCUUAAAAAAAAUGGCGAUGAAAUGGUCUGUCCGCUCUCAUGUCGCAGAAGGAACCCGUGAUCGUGGGAUGAACCAUGUGGCUGGAAAUCUUGCACCACCUGUGGAUAGUUCAGAGCUAUUGAAUGCAAUCGAAAUUUCUCCAGGAAAAGUGUCGGAUAAGGAUAGCAAGCACACCCCAAAGCGCCGGGUUAGCUCGACGAAAUCAGCGAUGAAGCAGAAAAAACGUCGACCGAUAAUUCAGAAGCUCGAUGUCUCUCGGCCUAGAGAGGCGAGUCAUGAAACGGUGCAACCUACCAAUCGAAGUCCCCCGACAACGUCGUCGUCUCGUAAAUGCCAUCCUCCUAAAAGGCGAAGAAGUAAAAAAACACACGUUGAGGCACUGCUGACAGCAAAAGAAAAGCGAAUGCGCCAUGAGCCACCCGCUAAAACAAGGUCAGCAGCUGAGUUGAACGCCACAACAAGCGUCGCAGAAGUUGCUGGAAACGAUUGUGAUUGUGAGAAUCACUGCAGCACGUCGUUCAUCUGCACAAUGAGCACUACACCCAGCAGAAGCGCAACAGACAGCAACACACUGUGCAGUCGAGAGAAUAGAACACAGAAAGAUUUUCCUUUCCUGCAGUCUGUUGGCACAGCUUCAGAAAGGAUGCAUGGUAACGCGGCGGUUGUUCCGGUGACAGAGAAGGCUACCCACAAACAGGACAAGGGUUCUCAACAGGCUACACCUGCUGUGAGGGAUCACGAGCGCAUAACCUUGACAAACGCUUGUCCUCUCAAAGCCAUCUGCCACGCAAGAGAAGUGAACAUGGGGAACAGCGUCCUAGUAGCACGAGGACCUCUCGCCAGUGGGCUGGGAACACAAAGCCCGCUCCAGAAGGACUACGUUAACUGCAGUAUGUCCAUCGACGCCAGGGUGGCAAAUCGCGAAGAAUGGUUAGCAUUGGCUGCGGGCCCGCACGAAAUGGUGAUCGGCUGCGCACCAAGACAGAUAUCGCCACCGUUGAUUGUCCGUGUCCUCGGACUGGAGGAAGACUCUCUAUACACUGCGGCUCUUGUCUUUGUUCCCCUUGGUGUGUGCUAUUUGAGAGGCCGUGGCAUCUGGUCGGAAUCGAAGAACGUCUUCGGCGACAAUCAGACCGCCCCGGAGUACCUACAUCACUUUGGGCAGCGAAGAGGAACAGCGUGGAUGUUUCGGCCUAUUUACUUCCGUCACUUACGAUUGACCUCUCCACCUUCUUCUAAACCUUCACAGGUUGCGUUGGAACGGAACCAGAUGUACCAACCUGUCCUGCAGUUCCGUUGCAUGAAACACGCUGCUUCGGUGAACGUUAUUUUCCCAGAACUUCGUUUCAUUGCUGUGUGCGCUUACCAGAAUCCUCAAAUGGAGAUUCUCAAGGCACGCUACAGAAAAAAGUACAAAGUCCUAACUGACCCACUACACCAUAAAACAGCACGAGGUCCCUCCAUUUCAACUGCGAGGAUCCCGCAGCCACUAAGUAACAGUGUGAGGGUCAUGCAGAACAAUCUUGCAGAGGAAAGCGUCGAGAAUCCCGGCGGUCUGCAUCCAGGCAGAGAACGCCCCCAUCAAGAUACCGGUCCGGCAGAUGAAGACACUCGUGUACAAGCGAGGCAGAGAAAGCUCUCAUCUCUUGACGUUUCUGUAGCAGUGUCUGCAGGAGCCAGAUAUUCACUCAAGGAGGCUGACGAAUUCCUGAACGAAACCUACGAAAGGCUAAAAUUGGAUAAAGCUGAAAACUCUGCUUGUUGCGCUCCGCAGCGUGUCGACUCAUACUUUUACCGUCUCGCCGAUGUUGGUGGAAGCCCAACUAGUGCAUACGAGCUUGUUCCAAAGAAACUGUGCGAAGAACCAGCCUGCGCUGGUUGCGGCGACGAGCUUACUGGAGCGACACCACUGGAUGCGAGUUCACCUGUAGCGCAGGGAGAUUUUCCAACAACACGUGACUUCUUCACAAGUCUAGCAACGGCUCCAGUACAAGACAUCGCGUAUUUUGAUUCCACCGGCGUCAACCUAGGCGACGGACUUCUCAACGCCUCGAUCAGCCGGCAAACACAGGCGUACUUGGACCGUGCCGAAAAUGUAGACGGAACGCCCAUCAGUGCGACAAAGGAUGACCUCCAGACGAUUUUUGACCAUCCAACUUACCAAGCACUACGCGAUGCCGAAGCAGGUUUCCAACUCGACAACUCGAUUAGUGCGACCUCAAACGCGUCAACCCUCAGCGAUGACAACCUCACUCUGAAUACGCCAAGAAUUUCAAACACUUCUUCGGAAAAUGACAGUACACAAGAAGUGACGAGCGACUUUUGAGGUGACAGAGCUUUCACGGAGUAGACCUAUACGGAGCAUCCACGGUGUUAUGCUGUGUUACACGCAGCCAAAGUAACAGCCUGUGGUUCUCUCGGAGGGGCGAUAGCACGGCAAGUGCUACCGCAAAGGAUGCACAGGAGUGGAUGGGAUUUGGUAGCUAUGAUUACGAUAUUGCUCGCGAGCCGGGCUUUAGGACGUGUUCUAGCGACAAAGACAGUUCGCGGUUUCCGAUUGAUUCGGAAAUUGGUAUUCAGAGGAACAUAUCCGGAGGGCCAUUUCUCCGACUCUGCGUAGACUAGCUGCGAUUCUUCCUAUGGAAUAAAGCGUGCCGUUAUUGUGGAAGAGCCAGCAUGUUGCAAACGAUAAAUAUAAAAUGAAUAAAGGAUUCAUUAGUAAGUCAUUUA